AUGUUAUCAGCACGAUAUGCUCACACUGCAACUUUACUUCCAUCAGGCAAAGUAUUAGUAACAGGCGGUUAUAAUGGCGGUUAUAACGGUUAUAAUACUCUAUCCAGUUGCGAACUAUACGAUCCUUCAUUAAACACGUGGAUUACAGUUGCCAGCAUGUCACCGGCACGUCGUGAUCACACAGCAACUUUACUACCAUCCGGGAAAGUAUUAGUAACAGGCGGUUAUAAUAUGUCGAAUACUCUAUCCAGUUGCGAACUGUACGAUCCUUCAUUAAACACGUGGAUUACAGUUGCCAACAUGUCAUCAAGACGUGGUGACCACACUGCAACUUUACUACCAUCCGGGAAAGUAUUAGUAACAGGCGGUUAUAAUGGGUCGAAUACUCCAUCCACUUGCGAACUGUACGAUCCUUCAUUCAGCAUGUAG